AUAACGGCAGAUCGCAAUCAUUCGAACCACCUCUCACACACAUCCCACCCCCCGCUUCUCUCUCUCUUCCUUCACAAGAAGUCAAAAACCAAUCUCUGAUUUCGAUGCUCCCCUAAAACUCCGACAAGACAAUGGCGACAUCCGGUGAACCCCACGCUCCGUUAGGGCACCAUCUCUGGCCAUCGUUCAACUUCAAAGCCUACUGCGACGUCGCCGCCUCCGGCGGCUUUCAGCCCGACUUCCUGUUCCGAGAUUACGUCACCAGACAGAUCAACGUGCUGCUGUGGAUCUCUCUCAUCUCCAUCACCGCUCUAUUGCUCCGUAAACUCACCGGUAUUCUCAGACUGUGGACCCAAGCCAAGCUCAUCCCUGGCCCGCCUUGCCCCUCCUCCUUCUACGGUCACUCCAAGCUCAUUUCUGGAUCCAAUUUAACGGACCUUUUAUCAAAGUCACAUGAGGAAUACGGGCCAGUUGUCAAGCUGUGGUUAGGCCCUACUCAGCUUCUAGUGUCAAUAAAAGAACCAGAACUUAUCAAAGAGAUGCUCUUGAAGGCUGGGGAUAGAUUGCCAUUGACAGGUAGAGCGUUCCGCUUAGCCUUUGGACGAUCAAGCCUCUUUGUGUCCUCUUUUAACGAGGUACAGGAAAGGAGGGAAUUAUUGGCAACAGAACUAGAUGGGAAAAUGCUUGAGAGAGGAAAUGUGAUGCCAACGAAAGUUGUUGAUUUUGUGAUGGAAAGAAUUCAAGAUCUCAAGGUCAAAGGAAGUUUAGACUGUAAAACAGUUUCUGACCACUUAGCUUUUACCCUCUUGGGAGCUACUCUCUUUGGGGAUGCAUUUUUGGCUUGGUCUAAGGCAACUGUGUAUGAAGAUCUUCUCAAGAUGGUUGCCAAGGAUGCUUGUUUUUGGGCCUCUUACAUAAUUAUUCCCUUCUGGAAACUAGGAUUUUGGAGGUACCAGUAUUUGUGUACAAGGUUGAAAUCACUGACUCAGGAUAUUCUCCAAUACUGCAAACAAAAUAACAAGCUAUUCUGCCAAAUGGAUCAAACCCCUCAUGAUCAAACAAGAAAUGGAGGAGGGGAAGCCUCAUCUGAUGCAUCACAUUCCCCUAACACGCUGAUGCCAGAUAACUUAUUGUUACAGGUGCUCGAUGGUCAUCACAAUGCAGGAGAACCAUGUGGAACAAAAAUGAGUGUGAUGUUCCAUGGUUACUUAACUACCGCAGGUCUGAUUGCUAAUAUCAUAGCCAGGCUUGCAGCAAACCCAGAAUUGCAAGAAACGAUUCACUCUGAGGUACUUAUGGCACUUAAAGACCAACAAAGCGUUGAAAAGAUGGCCUUUCUACUGGCUACUGUUUAUGAAUCUUCCCGUCUUCUUCCAGCUGGGCCCUUGCUGCAAAGAUGUUCUUUAAAACAUGAUUUAAAUCUUAAAACAGGUGUGACGAUACCAGCUGGAGCCAUUCUUGUGGUGCCGUUACAGUUGGUUCAAAUGGAUGAGUCCACAUGGGGUAGUGAUGCUGGUCAGUUUAAUCCACGCCGACAUCUGUCUAAUGCUGAAAAGAAAUCUGAUUCAGUCCAUCUAACUUCCUUUUCAGAUAAACUUGUGGAUGUGGGACAGGACUCCUAUGUUCUUAAUGACCCAAAUAAAAAUGCUGCAUUUCUUCCUUUUGGAUCUGGUACCCGGGCCUGUCUUGGCCAGAAAUGUGUAGUCCUUGGAGUUGCUGCAUUGUUUGCAUCAUUGCUUGAACGCUACGAGAUAAGGCUUCAUCAAGGAUCCGAGAAUGAACCAAGUCCAAUGAUGAACAACCGUGCUCUUCAGCUUCUCCCCAGUCCCAAAAUAGUUUUUGUCAAGAGGGGAUAGUUGAAUGAAUGAAGGAGAAAGUCUCCCUUUUAGAUGGCUCUUUUCUCCUUUUUUCCCCCUUAGAGUGAUUGGGAAUGGGUUUUUGUUUUUCCUUUUCUUUUGGGAUCAUUCAGUAAUCAGAAUGGAGGAGCAUACAAGCAUGUUUCACACAUGGUUUUUAUCCUCCCUGAUAUGAAUGUCCCAAAUGUUGUCUUCCAUACGAUGAACGGUUUUGGUGGGGAGGACAUGACCAUAGCGCACAGCAAUCAUGUUUUUUCACCAGCGAUUCAAAUAGCCCAAGUGCUGUCUUGACCCAAUGAUGGUUCUGUGAUUAGUUUUCGAAGCAUUGGGCUAUCUGCUGCAGUGGAUCCGUCUGUGGUUUUCUUCCCCAUCUUUUAAUUUUGUGGUGUUUUCUGUUCCCUUUUCCAGUUUUUCUCUCCCAAAGGGGGUUGAUAGCUUGUGAUGCUUUCUGAGUAUAGCUAUGAUGUACACUUGUUUGUACCAUAUUCUGUACUUGGUAUUUGAAUCCCCGAGUUACUAAUAAAAGUUUGCGACGAUACUUUCA